GUUUUUUUUUACAUUAAUUAUUCAGAAAAGUUUUUCUGUUAUUCUUUCUGACGGACCUACCAUUUGCGUGUGCAGGUCGUAUCUCUACAAAAUAUAAUUCUUCACGUCUGCUGCAAACGAACAUGGUUGACCAGUAAAAAGAAUACAUUUGCAACUUGGAGAUCAAGUUUCCAGCCAGAAUGAAAAAUGCUUUCUGCCAGUCGCAAUGUAAAGUUGAAUACCAGUACAAAAAAAGAGCAAAGCAGUUAGAUCACAAUCACUGCAAGAAACAAGCAUAUUCAUUGUUCAUCCAGAUUGUUUCACAAGGAUGGAGACAUCAUGUGAAAGCCGAGGAAUGUUAGAAUUCAGAAACAGUAACAAUGACAGCAUAUGCAGCUGCAGGCCAGGGCUUUUCUUCAUGGUUGAUAAAUGUGUCAGCUUCUCGCAGAUUAGUGGAAAUGCCUCUGAAAAUUCGCAUGUUUUCCUGUUAAAAAAUCUUCAAGUUCUAUCGGGCUUAUCGAAUCCCCCCUCUACGUUUAUGUGGACAACGAUGGCCAUUGUGGGACUUUGGUUGCUGUUGACAUUUCCAUUGCUGUGGUUUGAGCCGAGAAAAGGCUUCUUGUUUCGCGUCAGGGUUUCGCUCACUACAUGGGACAACCGAUUUUCCUUGCGCCAUUGGGUUGAUGAUAAGAAAUGCUCAGUGAAAAGGAGCACAGAGCUUGGUGGAAUAAUGACUGUAGCUAGUUGGAUGCUGUUUGCUGGACUUGCUUCCAGUCUAGCUUAUGAUGCUAUUUCAUCCGAUACAGUUACUAUUCAACACCUGACACCUGCAAAAAGAAAGGACAUCCAGAUGUUCAUGAAUGAUAUAGAAGUUAAUGUUACUACUGUAGGUCAGCUUGAAUGCAAUCAGAUUGUAGGAAGCAAGCUUUCUUUGAGUAGUGAUGAUGGAUACAUGAUGAAUGCAACUGCUGAGGAUUUCAGCAAGCCAUUUUGCAUGGACACUUCGAAAGGGCCACUCUUCAGAAUAUCUUGCAAGGGUUGCAUGCUUAAUAGUGAUAGGUACUUAUUUGCUUGGGACUUUCAAGAUCAACUAAAUGGAAGCCUAGUAGCUUCAGCCAUUGGGUUUGAGAUAAAUGCUACUGCAUCAACCUUUACACAACAUAAGAGUACUUUGGGAGCCAUUCUUCCUGGAAACUAUAAUGGAAUAUCUUCAUCAGCUGUAACAUUACGGGGUUCUGAGUGGAAUGUUAUAAGUUUGAAUUUUGUUCCUCGAAUUUUUAGGAGUAAAGGUGACAAAAAACUUAUGCAAAUCAUGUUUCAUAUGUUUACAUCUGGAUCGUAUUUGACUACCAUAAAUGAAAUGCAAGAUGCAUUUGCCAAGAAGCAGGGAGUAAAGGUAGCACUGCAGGUCAAUGUUCUCUCAGAUUACCUUGUGGAAACUACACGUCGCAGCUACUUUGGUGUUGUAAAAUUCUUAGGAUACCUUGGUGGUUUGUAUAUAUUUGCUCGGUUUCUCUUUCUCAUCAUCAUGAUACAGUUCGAAAGGAAUUUUCCUAAGUUGCUUAUUCAAGAGAAGCGUUUAAAUAGGCUUGUAGCAAAGGAGCGUGCAAGAGCUCAUUGGGCAAAGGUGCGAUUAUUUGUGAAGUAUGCCAGACGUUCAAGUGCAGGAAAAUACAAGAUUCCAAGGAACCAUGCAAGCAAACUGAAUUAUUUAAGGCUUUUUGCACAAUCUGGCAAAAAGUUCAAGGAUGUUUCAAGUAGAAAAUGCCUUGUUUUCAAACAGAAAUUCAGCACAAUUUUGAGCACAUGUUUUAAAGGAAGCAAAUCUAAUCACCCUGGAAAAGAGGAUUUAGUUGAAUCAAAUCAAAUUGAAGGAACAUCAGGAACACUGAGUUAUGGUGAGAACAGAGAUGCUUGCAGCCGCUAUAUCUUCUUACAAUAUAGGAAACCCAUCUGGAUACGUGAACCAGAGGCUUUACCUUGUGUUCCAGAGCCUCCAGAUUUUGUCAGCCAACUUGAUGAUGAAUGCGAAAGACAUGCUUAUCUUUGCACUGUCAAUGAAUAUUUGCGGAACAUGUAUGAUUAUGGCUCAAGAAUGAGAAGAGAUUUUCUGGCAACUAACGCAGUUUUGGAAAAAGUUUCUUGGUAUUUUGGACAACAUGCAAAUUGACAACAGUUCAGUUGAUAAUUAAUAAUUAUUGACAGUCGGCAAGAUUAUUGUCCAAGCGCAUCUCAAUUGAACACUAGAUGCAUCAUGAAUAUUCAUGUGCUAGCUAGCUGAUGUAAUAUUAGAACAUUUGAUUUCUUGCCCGAUAAAUAUCUUCCAGGUGGCACUCGCAAUAAAUGCUACUCAGGAUGCAAGUGAACUGAGGUAAAAAGGAAGUCAAAAGAAAUUUUGUUUCAAACAAAAUAAGAAAUUUCAAAAUAGUUGCAAUGAAAUUGGAAUUUAGGUUA